AUGUCAUAUAAUCCACAUAUCUUAAGAAAUUUUCCUCUAUUUGAUGAUCAUCAACAUCACCAAUACUCAUCUUCAUCUUCAACAUUUCAACAUUUUACAAACCAUGUUCAUUCCGCUUCUACAACCAAUUAUCAUCAACGAAUGCCAAAAAUGGAAGAGUUAUCACCAUCAGAAUCCGCUAGUUCAAGUGUACCAUCAUCACCAAAUCAUUCACAUCAUUUACUUAUGACAAAAACUGGUAUGAAAACAACACCAGCAUUACCCACAUCAUCAAUAAUUAAAACAGACUCAUCUUUCUCAUCCUCCUCUUCAAUAAAAAAUGUUGAUCAACAAUCAAUUGUGCUUAAAUUAUCUACUGAUCAAACACUUACAUUAACAAUCGAUCAAAUUACUUGCGUCUGUGAAGUAAUUCAACAAAGUGGAAAAAUAGAUAAAUUGAUUAAAUUACUACAAAUAUUACCAAAAAAUCAUGAUCAUGCCUAUAAUCAUAUCCAUAAUCAUGAUUCUAUAUUGAAGGCACGAGCCAUCAUCGCCUUUCAUCAACAAAAAUUUCGUGAUUUAUAUAAUAUUUUAGAAACACAUCAAUUUGAUUUGAUACAUCAUACUGAAUUACAACAAUUAUGGUAUAAAGCACACUAUUUAGAAGCACAAAAAAUAAGAGGUAGAUCAUUGGGAGCCGUGGAUAAAUAUCGAAUACGUCGAAAAUAUCCUUUGCCGAAAUCAAUAUGGGAUGGAGAAGAAACAAUUUAUUGUUUUAAAGAAAAAUCUCGACAAGCAUUAAAAGAUUGUUAUAGACAAAACCGAUAUCCAACACCCGAUGAGAAACGAUUAUUAGCGAAAAAAACGAGUUUAACAUUGAUACAAGUAUCAAAUUGGUUUAAAAAUAGACGACAGCGAGAUAGAACACCAAGGAGUCAAGAUUGUUUAGGUCAAGAAUUGCCAACAUCAUUGUUAAAUCAAGCUUACUUUGGUACACAUUCAACGCAUAAUUAUACAACAGCGGCUGUAACAGCAGCCUACACGAACAAUCGCCUCGGAGUAAAGCCAGAAUUCUUUACAUCAAAUGCUUUUCUUUAUCCACCUCCGUCGUCUUCACGUUUUCAUCCUAACAACAACUACUACUAA